GUCAUAGCAGCUGGCUACGUACUCCAUAGUUUGUUGUGGUGACAACAUAACGUGGCAAGCGCGACUCAUGUCAUUUGAUUUGACUUAUUGAAUAUUUGUUAUUAUAUACCGGUUUAUCAUCGUGGAAUGUGAGAAAUAGCAAUCAAGAUGCCAAGUUACCUGAUUGGAGGCAUUGAAGGGGGUGCCACCCACUCUCAUGCCAUCAUAAUGAAUUCAGAGGGAAUCAUUGUUGGAGAUGCGAAGGGUGCAGGAACAAAUCAUCAACUAUUGGGAAUGGAACGAUGUUGGGAAAGGAUAGCUGACCUCAUUAACCAGUCUAAAAGCAAAGCUGGGAUACCUCUCACUACACCAUUACAUGGUUUGGGUCUGAGUUUGAGCGGGUGCGAACAAGAAAAAAGUAACCAAGAGCUAGCCAGAGGCCUUCAGCAGAGAUACCCAAACCUCUCUGAGAAGGUCAUCGUGGCCAGUGACACCGAGGGCUCAGUGGCUGCCACUUCCAACAAGGGGGGAGUCACGUGCAUAGCCGGUACCGGGUCGAACACCCUGUUGAUUAACCCCGACGGCACCAAGGUGCAGUGCGGAGGUUGGGGGAACCUACUAGGGGAUGAAGGGAGUGCUUGGAAAAUAUCCCACAGAGCCGUGAAGUACUGCUUCGAUGACCUGGACAACUUCGAGAAACCCCCAUAUCCCUCCGAGCGAGUAUGGGCCCUAGUCAAGUCCCAUUUCCACAUCUCUACCCAGGCAGACAUCCUCGCCUCCUUCUAUCAAAACUUCGACAAAGCCCACAUAGCGCACUUAGCCAAAGGUUUGUCCGAACUAGCCAAAGAAGGAGACGCCUUAGCCAAAGAGAUUUUCAGAGAAGCAGGCUCUGACUUGGCCAGAGGCAUUUCAGCUGUGGCCUCUAAGGCUGCCAACGAGUUGAUCCAGCAGGAAGGAGGACUUCAUGUUCUGUGCGUGGGUUCGGUUUGGCUGAGCUGGGAGCUUCUGAGGCCAGGGUUCAUCAGUUGGCUCAGGGAUAACACGGAUAUCCAGCAGCUGUCUCUCAUGAGACUGGAAACUGAAAUGGGGGUGGGAGCUACUUAUUUGGCUUCGGAUAGGUUGGGUUUGCCCUUGGAGAGAGACUAUUCCAAGAAUUAUAGGGUAUUCUUCAAGUAUCAGAGAGGAGCCUGUAGUGCCAAUGGAACAUCCUGAUGAGGGUGUUAAUUGCUAUAUUUUUUGUGUAAUUGCACAGAAAUGUCUUAUGAGGAAAAC